AUGAUAUUUCUUGGACAUACGAUUGUAAUACCGAAAAUUUUGAGAAAUGAACUUGUACAGAAAGUUCAUUCAGGUCACAUGGGAAUUACGAAAACACUUGAACGUGCUAAAGAUUCAAUAUUCUGGCCAGAAACACAUGUCAAGAAUGAAGUAUUUGUCUCAGACAAUGGUACUCAAUUUUCAAGCUCCGAAUUCAAAGAAUUCGCUAAAGAGUGGGGUUUCGAGCACAGAACUUCAUCCCCCGGAUACCCCCAGUCGAACGGUCUUGCGGAAAAAGGCGUAGGUAUCGCCAAAAAACUAAUGCAAAAGGCUAAAGAUACAAACACAAACAUUUACAUUGCAUUACUAGAAUAUCGUAACACACCUCUUGAAUGCAGAUAUUCUCCUAGUCAACUGUUAAUCGGCCGGAGAACUAAAACCGUUGUGCCAGUUACAAAUAAAGCACUGGUACCCAUUUUAGUAAAUAACUCAAAAGUGCGCAGUCUAAUGAAAAAAUCGAAAGACAAACAAAAGGUCAAUUACGACAAAAAUGCAAAAUAUUUGCCACCUUUGUCCUUGAAUCAAUCAGUACGCAUUAAAAUAGGAAAACCUUGGAAACACGGGAAAAUAGUAAAAGUACAUAGUGACCGCUCCUAUCAUAUACAACUUGCUGACGGUAGCAUAUAUAGGAGAAAUCGGUCAGUAAUACGCAAAAGUCCGGAAGACACAACCGAUAUUGAAUCAUUUCAUGCACAAGUCUUAUAUCAUGAUAAAAAUUCAAGUAUCCCUGAAUUACCUCUCGAGGAAAAUAACUCAUCUCAGGAACAAAGUGACCCGCCGAUGAACUCGCGUGCUAGAACAAGGGCUGGACGAUUGUUGCGUGGCAAUCCGAAGUAUGAUAAUAAUGAAUGGGUUAGAUAA